AUGGCGACCUUCCAUGUGCGACUCAACAUGGGCGACGAGGUCGCGGACGCCGAGGACGAUGGCGGCAGUACGACGACGAUGGCCUUCGAGGUCGGGAACCCCCGCGUCGAGGUGCUCACGGGCCACUUGCGCCUCUUCCGGUCCAUGCCACAUCCUCAUCCGCGCCACGAAGAGACCAAGGACGACGACAACGACGCGAGCGACCAGUGGCUGCAUCUCUCGACGAAUGCCAUCCUCGAGAUGAACCUGACGCUGCUCGGCUUUGUGAGCCUCCCGCUCCAUGUCGGGCCGCUCGAGCUUCUGGAGUUUACCCAAGCGUUCCGCGACGAGAUCGUGCUCAUGCGCCUGCUCCGCGACGCCAACCCGCGCCACCCGACGCGCAUGGCGCUCGUCCAGUUUGCGAGCGCCGCCAAGGCCGCCCAGUUUUACGAAGCGUUUAACGGCACGCGCUUCAACUCGAUCGAGCCCGAGCGCUGCAAGCUCGUCUUCGUCCGCUGCAUCGAGUUUCUCCGGACGCAUCAUCCAAGCGCCGGACCGCUUUCGCGCGUCAACGGUCACCUCGUGGCCAACGGCAUGCUCCCGGCCUUCAACAACGACGAAUUGCGCUGCGAUGCGCCCGAUGGCCACGUCGAGAUCCCAACGUGCCCCGUGUGCUUGGACCGCCUCGAUACGUCGGUCUCGGGCGUCCUCACGACGCUGUGCAACCACACGUUCCACUGCGACUGCCUCUUUGGCUGGGAAGGCUCGAGCUGCCCCGUGUGCCGGUACAGCCACGGCGACAUGGUCUCGACGUGCGAGGUCUGCGAGACCACCGAGCAUCUUUGGAUCUGCUUGAUUUGCGGCCACAUUGGCUGCGGCCGGUACUCGAACGAACAUGCUAAAAAGCACUACCAAGAAACCAUGCACACGUACUCGCUCGAGCUUGAGACGCAGCGUGUGUGGGACUACGCAGGCGACGGGUAUGUGCAUCGGCUCAUCAUGAACAAGCAAGACGGCAAGUGCGUCGAGUUCCCGAAUCCAAACGCGCACGCGUCCAUGGCCGGCGACGACGACGUGAGCGACGAGCACAUCAAGCUCGAGAAGCUGGCGGCCGAAUACAACCACCUCCUCACAAGCCAGCUCGAGGAGCAGCGGCUCUACUACGAGCGGCGCAUGGGCGAUGCGUCCGAGCGCCGUGCCCUCGACCACGAGCGCAAGGCGCUCAAGCGGCAGAACGAAGCGCUCGCGAAGAAGACGUCGCAGCUUGAAGACGAGCUCUUGUUUGUGCGCGAGCUCAACAAGUCCCUCAUCGAGAACCAAGCGAGCUGGAAGGAGCGCGUCAAGAUCGCCGAAGACAAAGUGCAGACGCUCGAGCGCAGCACGCAGGCGCGCGUCGACGACCUCGAGUCGCAGAUCAAAGACCUCAUGCGCGAGAUCCAAGACGGGUCCAUCUCGGUGCUGGCGCCCGACGAAUCCAAGCCCAAGGCCAAGCGAAGUGCCAAGAAGCGCUGA